CUGCACUAUCCCGGCGCUAAAGCGCAAUAUGCUAAUACUGUAUACACGUCCGGCGUACCGAGCAUCGCAGCUCGUACAGCGCGUGAAACUCAGGCCACGGUCUGCGCGGGACUGUCAUUCUUACAUCGUGUGAACUCUACAGCCCGAACCCCCCACACCCCGCACCUCUGCUCCCUGCUGCCUUCGCUCUCUCUUCAAGCCCCCCACUCACAAUAUACAACACGAGCAACCGUUCAAGUGAUGGUGCAAUACGCUCACCAUCCGUCACUAAGUCACGGCUCGCUCGCGUCAGGUGUCAAGUGUCAGCGGCUGGGUGUCAGAUGUGAGGUGUCUGGUGUGGGGUGUCCAUUGUUCAUACAUCACACUAGCGGUACCCACAACCUGCUAUUGUUCCGGCCUCCAUAA